AUGAAGCUGCGAAAACGCCAGCAUGUCAUCGAUUUGGUCGAUGCACUCUGGAAGAGGCAUGAACUCGUGAAAAAGAGAGGAAAGGCCAGUUUAACAUCUUCAGUGGCUGUAUCACGUUUGGUGCGUGCGUUGAAACGAAAUGAGGAUUAUAAGAAGUGGGAUGACACCGACCCAUUGUCCAGAGAAUCGAAGCAACACGCCAACUGCUCACAUUCUAGUUCUAUGAUUAAAUUUAUCGAUGUACGCAAUAAAGAGCUACCAGGGAAUCGAGAAGCAAUCAUCACUGUGUAUUUGUCAACCGAAAUUGAUGGCGUAUUCAGUGAAAUUAUGCGGCUUCCGUCUGCGACCGUACAGAUGCAGAUCAAUCGUCGUGGUGCACCGGUUGCUAUCGAUUUGCCCUCAUUUAUUGGCUGUCGUUUGUUUUGCAGUGGAAAGAAAAGGAAUGAUUACCUCCUCAUUCGGGUUACAUUCUCCGGUGAAAAGCACGCGCAUGUUAAUCGACGGCUGACGUAUUUUUCACCGCCUGAAAACUGGAACAGCAAGGGUAUGAUAACAAUGUACGGUGCACGUUGCAUAUCCACUGUAUCUAAGAAGGGUACAUCAGAUGGUUUGAUUUAUGGGCAUAACAGCAUAACAUUAGUCCCAGAAUCAGCGCUGAAUCUGAAUAAUAACUGGUACAAAGACAGGAACUUGACGAAAAAACUCAUCGAUUUAUGCAAGAAAAUGCACAUGAGUCCAUUCGUACGAAUGUCAAUCGUACCCGACAAUGCUGGAGAAACGAGUUCAUCGGAAGAUGAUGAUGAAUCGAAAAGCUGCGCAAGCCUUUCAACGUGUGCUUCCACGGCUCGCAUUGGACGCUCUCGUCCAGCUAGUGUAAUGUCGGCGAAAGAAUCGACAACGCGUAGUGUUGCUUCAGCAGAUCUGCCAUCAUCUUCGAAAGACACUAGUGGGUUCGAAGAAUACAUGAAAUCACGGUUCAAACGAGAAAUGUCUUUGGAAUUCCCAAAACAUAUUUGUUACCGGUUUAUAACGAAGUACAACGAUGAGCCGAAUACUAGUUUUCCGGAGAAUUGUCACUUUUUGUUCCCACAAGAAUCGGCAUCGUCUGUCCAGUCAUUUGCAGUCGAUGGAAGCGCCGAUAUAGACGGCGCUGGCGACCAAAGGCACAUAUUCCCUCUAAAAGAAGUUCCUCCUGGGAAAGUCCUGAAUGCGCGGGUAUCGUCCAAACAUUCUGCACCUUCAUGUUUGCCGCAAAAGCUCAGUUCCACUGGAUUCCGCAUAGUUGUUCCACAUCGUGACAUACCGGUGGCUGAAGUGGUCGACAAAUUGGGUGUCAAUUUCGAUAAAUGCGCCAAAAUUGUACCGCCCAAGUCCGUUGCUGAGGAUGAUAAGGUAGCGUUGUUGCUAUUGUUUAUUGCUUUAAAAUGCUUCAUAUUGGCUGUUACUGUUCCGGAGUUGCAUUACGAGGGCUAUCCGGAACCGGAUGGAAACGGAGUUGUGACACGUUUCAUUUCACCUGCCAACAAAUGCUUUUUCUGUCUUGGAACAUUCCCCGAUAUGUUUGCCUUAUUGCUUCACUUGAGAACAAGCUACCCACGUCUCGACAUUGUCUACCGACAAAUCGAAGAUUUCCUGGAUCUCUCGCCUGAUGAGAAAGAAUUCAUGUCAUUGUGGAGUAUCUUUUUACUCAGUCUGAAUCAUAAGCCACUGGGCCGAUGCCAUACGUACCGCACAUGUAGACUUUUUUUGAAAAAGCAUCGGCGUAUUCUUCGGCAGCGGCGUUUUCAAAAUGCCUGGACACUGCAUCUAAAUGUGCUGUAUGAAGCUGAUGCUUUGGAUGGGGACGAAGUCUACGAUUUGUUGGUACGCCUAAGGGAAGAAAAAUAUGAUCCGUGCUCUGACAAUCGUCAUGUUGUUCAUGUGUAA